AUGAGUUUGUUCUUCGGUAGUGGGUUUACUGCCCCCUUCCUGAUCGUCAGGCAUCAGCUUCUGAAAAAAUAA